AUGGUUGAGUGGUGUGUAAUUGUAUUCGAUAAAAAGGGGUCUGACCGCUCUGCUUGCAGACCGGCACAUCUAGAAGGUGUUGCGCAGCAAUACGAAAAGGGUACCCUAGUGUGCGCUGGCGCAAUCUACCACGAAGUUGGGCCCGACGGCAAGCCUACCAACUUUGCUGGUUCGCACCUACAGAUCUCCGCCAAUACUAAAGAGGAUGCCCUACAGGUUGUCAAGAACGACAUCUUCGCAAAGGAGGGGAUUUGGGACCUUGAAAACAUCAUCAUCUAUCCCUUUGGCUGCGCUGUUCGUCAGGGCAAGUAG